AGACUUUUUGCCCCAGCAGCAAACUUUGUGUUUUUGCAGUAAGCAGCCAAUCCGAACAAGACCGCCGGACAGCCACGAACGUUCUUGCCUCCUCCCGUCGUCGUCGUCGUGAACGUUAUACUAGUCGCUGGGAUACCCCCGUUGUUCUUUGUAUUGUGCCAAUCUCCGCCAUAAUGUCCUCGAAGCAUUUCCUUACUCCGUCACCUUCUGCACCUGUUGCUGUCCGUCGUGCCGGCCCUGGUGAAAAACCUCCUCAUGAUUUCGGAACAACCCCCGGUGGAACCAUAUUUGGAACAACGCCCGGUGGAACUCGUAUCAUUUAUACAAAAGAUGCUCUAUUGAAUCUGUCUCGCUCUCCGCUAGCGCAGACACCUCCAAAGGGGCUUGCGUAUAUCCCUGGCGUAACAAACGUUCCGCGACCGAAGGAGGCACCCAAAAGAGUAGAAAAGAAGGUAGAAAAGCCAGAACCAUCAAAGAAGGAGGAUAAGGAUGAUCUCUUUGAUAUGGAAAUCUAGGGAGGAAUGCAGAUGAUUGCGCAGAACUUGUUCGGGCAAUGAGCAUACUUUUCAUUGUAGCAUUUCUUUCGAAGAUUCCUGUACCAUUUUAUUAUACAUUUAUUUAAACAGCGCAA